ACUAGACGACCAAUCUGACCGAGAUUCAAACCCAUGUCGACCCCACGCGAAGAUGAUGAAGAUCUGAAGGCGACCUUUGAGCAAGGGUAUAAGCCCGGCGAGAAGAAGAGUAUAGACGAGUAUGCCAAACUUGACUCCAACGAUGAGUCUUUGAAGCGAUGGAAAGAAUCCUUGGGUAUCGUGCCAGGAGCUACUAGUAGCCGCUCCACGGGGCCCAAGGUAACGAUCCUCACUUUGGAGUUGACAUCCCCCACGUUGCCACAGGGCAAGAAGAUCUCGUUCGAUCUUCAAGACAAAGCGACGAUUGACACUCUGAAGAAGAGCCCGGUCUUAAUUAAGGAGGGCGUUGAGUAUAGCGUCGGUGCCACCUUCCGCAUUAACUACGAUGUGAUCUCCGGGUUACGGUACAUACAAGUGGUGAAAAAGGCAGGAAUUAAAGUGGAGAAGCUGGAUCAGAUGAUCGGGUCUUAUGGUCCUCAUCCCGGAGGCGAAAACUAUAAGACUACGUUCUAUACCGAGGAAUCACCGAGCGGGUUAAUCGUUCGUCAAGGCACAUACCAUGUGAAAUCCAGGUUCACGGACGACGACAAUCAAGUGCAUGCCGAUUUCGAAUGGGCGUUUAAGCUCGCCAAAGAUUGGGCAUAAAAAGCAUUGUCAUUUUGUGCCUCCAUUUCCACUGUUCUCUUUCUCCUCUUUUCUUCUGGAACUCGUCUCUCGCAACUCCAUGACAACCAUUUCUUGUGCAAUAUGCCAGCUGCAAUUUCAAAUUCAGAAGUUAGCUGACCGACCGUGCGAGUUACAGCAGAGAGAAAAAUUGUCAGGAAUCUAGUACCCGGUAUAGUGUGUGAAGAUGAACGAAUGCCGUUGCUUGAGGACCUUUUAGCGAUGUCAAACUAUUUGAGCAAGUGCCACCACGUCGUGUGAUGCAUUCCCUGAAAUCGACCGGAAUGACAGCUGCGAAGCGAUAUCCGGG